CCAACUUUACCUAGUCGUCAUCUAUUGGCGUGUGGCGGAAAAUACCACCAGCAUAUACAAAACGAGGAGAGUAUUUUGUAGGGCACCCAGUCAUGGCCUGGACUAUUCGGGCUGAAAUCCUUCCCGCAAUGAAUAGGCUGACGCUCAGUAUCGGGACCGAUGGCGGCCGGGGAAGAAAAUACAAGAAAACGAUCAUCGGCUAUCCGCCAACGCUUUGAUAAAAGGCGGACGAUAGAAUUGAAUGUUACAAGGCAAUCUCACUUGCGCACAGAUUCUGUUGAUGAUAAAGUCAUCAGUCAGCUAAGAAGACUAGGUCUUCAUGCACUAAAGGAAGAAGGCCUGGAUCGGAAUGACUUGGGAGGGUUAUCAUACCAAGAGCUUGAUGGAUAUUGGAUGGGAAACUGGUCAGUGGAAACAUCUGCAGAGAAUUUGAAUACAGAUACUGAAUAGUGCCUAAAAUAAACCGGUACUUAUUGUCUAUGUCUUUCGCAACGGAGUAAUAUGCUGCUGCAGUUGAAGAAUGAAUUCAGAAAUCGAGAUUUUGAACUGACAAAGAACCAAGGAGGCGUAGGAGGGAUGUAAG